UUCAAGUGCAGUGAUUUUAUUUUGGCAUCAAGUGUAGAAACAUCGGAGACUUCUUUGUCUUGUAGACAUAAAAAGGAUGAUACUAAUGGUGAUAAUUUGUUGCCUCAAGAUAAAACAGAGAAAAAUAAAAAAGUGCAUACAGUGACAAAGAAUUUAUGGGAAAAAUAUGGUAAUUGUUGUAAAGUUGUGCUAUGUAUAUUCUUAGCACUUUGUUUGGCAAAUCUUUUGUUUUUUAUCAUCCCUUUUAGUAAUUCUAAGGAUAAUUCAAAGACGGAUGUAUCAUUUGCUCAAGAAUCAAAUCUACAAAGUAAACCAUUUUUGAUAACAUACAGUAGAAGCGAUUGUGAAAAAAGAAUAAAGUAUGUAAGCAAAAAGAGGAAAAAAGAAAAAUCUAUCUCCAAAUCGGGAUCUAAUUGUUUUUACAAUUCGCAAAAAAAAAUUUCACGCAUUAAUGCAAAAGAUAGUGUUUUACUCUCAGAAAUGUAUGAAACUGGACCAAACUUUAAAGAAACUAUAAUUUUUAAUAGUAGCGUUUCUGGUUAUUUAAAAGACAUGUCUCUUAAUAAUUUUCUGGGUGAUUGGAUUUAUAAAUAUAGGUGGUAUCUUAUUAAUUUUAUGGAUUUUUUAAAUUAUGAAAUAGUACGAAGAAGGAACGGGGAGGAAAGCCUUUUUGAUUAUGUAACAAAGGAUGAUUUGUACGCUUUUUUUGAAAUUAUUUCGCCGAAUAGCUGUUUUGUACCUUCAGAUUUCUCAAUUGAUACUUUUAUUAAUGUUUUUAUAAGUAAUAUUCCGUUUGCAAAAAUAAGAUGUCGUUUGCCUGAAACAGAAAAUAUAGAAUGUACUAUUAACGAAGUAAAAUCUGAUGUUGAAGCAUGGAAAUCUCAUCUUGACAAAAUUUUUCAGAAUGACGAAAAAAACAUAGAGUAUAAACUUUCGAUUAGCCAAUGGAAUUUUUCAGUCUUUUUGCUCCGUAAUUUAUUAAUUGAAAGAAAUAUAAAUUUGGAUGACUCGAAGAAAGCGAAUCUUCGAUACUUAGAAGUGAUUUUCCAGAUGUUAUACAAAAAGGAAGAAGAAUUUGAAGAGUACGUUAAGAAUAGAUUUGGUGUACCUUUAGAAUAUUAUAGAAGUCUUGAUAAGGAUUCAAGUGUUAAUUUUGAAAUUCUUUUGGAUACAGUUAUUUACGAUGAUUAUCAGAAUUUAAUUUGUAAAUAA